AUGUGGCGCCUGUCCCUCCUCACUGCGCUGGCGCGUGCUGCGCCUUCUGGGGAACAGGCGGACUUGUAUGAACCGGGGACGCAGUUGCACUACUGGUUCGCAGCGGCAGAGACCGCGGAUGCUUCCGCGCUGCCAGUGGUGCUCUGGCUGAAUGGCGGACCUGGCAGCAGCUCAAUCUUGGGCAUGCUGCAGGAGAAUGGGCCACUUCUCGUGAAUGCUACCGGCGGUCUCAUGAGGAACCCCUACGCUUGGACCAAGCAAGCCAACCUGCUGAUCUUGGAGAGUCCUGGAGGUGUGGGGUAUUCCUACUGCGCAGCCAUGAAGGCAGGCGGCAACUGCAAUAACACUGAUAUCUCCACUGCCCGAGCGAAUCGAGCAGCUGUACAGGACUUCUUCAAGAAGUUUCCGGAGCUCAAGAAGAACGAUUUCUUCAUCACAGGAGAAUCCUAUGCUGGUGUCUACAUUCCAACUCUCACCCAUGAGAUCCUCGAGAACGCGCCUGAAAUCAACAUGACGCCUGUGGCUGUCGGUGACCCCUGCACUGACUAUCCCUCGCAGAAGGAAUCCAUGGACAUGUUGUGGUAUGCGCACAAGCAUGGCUUUGUUCCUGACGCUGAUUUCGAGUAUCUCUGGAACAACUGCUCAGCAAGGCACCCAUCCUUCCUGUCCCGUGGGCUUUGGCGCCGAUCCGCCGGGCGCUGGGAGGCCACCAGUUUGAGCCUGGCCUCCGGAUCGGACGAGAAGUGCAAGUUGCUGAACCGACAGUUCCUGGCAACUACGUCACGCGGCCUCUCACAGGGCUGGAAGAAGGCCUACAUCAACGAGCUGAACCUCUUCUCGGAUGCUUCGGCUCUGGACUGGGAGUUGCCUGGCACACUGAACUACUACACAGCGCAGUGGAUGAUGCGUGCUGAUGUAAAGAAGGCCCUCCACGUGGAGAGCUCACCUGCAAAGUCCUGGCCGGGUCCUCCUGAUGGCUGGCAGUACACCAGCAGCUACAAUGCCUGCAACAAUGCACCCGGCAAGCCGAGCAUGAUUGACUUCUACCGGAUGAUCGCCCCAAAGCUGAGGACUACCAUUGUUUUCAACGGCGACACCGAUCCCUGCGUCUCAUACGAGGGCACGCGUACUGCCAUUGAGAAAGUCGGCUAUGGAGUCCUCCCGGGUGGACACUACAGGCCAUGGUUUUACGACAAGACAGCUGCCGAACUGAAGACUCUGCAGGAGAAGCCAAACCUGUUUGGCCCAAACCUGGAGCUUCAGCCGGCAGGGCCUCAGUUUGGAGGUCAGGUCGUGGACUAC